AAGAAAAUCCGUUUGUGACGAGAUCAGAAAGACGAAGACACAAUGGAGUUGUUGACUGUCGAGAGCUCGUCGGUGAUUGUCGGCUUCAGCGUCGGACAAAUCGGCGCCGUCUUGGUGUCGGCCACGACCGUCCUGCUGGCCACGUUGGCCGCGCUAACGUUCACGCUCGUCUGGCUGAACGGACGCAAGAACAGCGGCCACGGACAGAUGGAUUCCGUCUUCUUCCGCAUCAAAGACAAAGCCGAACGUUUGAUCCGCUCUCACGCCGUCAAGUCCGCCAAGACGGCACCUGUCGUUUCACCUGCGUCUUCUUCUCCUUCAAGCCAAAGUGGGACAGCAGCAGCCGAGCCGCAACUGAAGGUCUGGAGUCCACCGCCGGGCCCUGUCGGCUGGCCCAUUAUCGGCUCUCUCCACUUGCUGGCCAAAUACGAGGUGCCGUUUGAAGGAUUCUCGCAACUCAGCAAAAUCUACGGCGACAUUUUCAGCAUCACCCUCGGCUCGACUCCGUGCGUCGUCGUCAACAGCUUCCCGCUCAUCAAAGAGGUGCUCAUCGCCAAAGGCCCUCAUUUCGGCGGACGGCCCAAUUUCAUCCGCUACGACAUCCUCUUUGGGGGCGAUCGCGACAAUUCUCUGGCGCUGUGCGAUUGGUCCUACCUGCAGAGGGAUCGUCGUUCGAUUGCCCGUCAUUGGUGCCAUCCGCGUGCCGAUUCGAUGCAGUUCGACACGCUGAGCCGAGUCUUGACGUCCGAGAGCGGCCUGAUGGUGAACGAGCUGUCGCUGAAGACGGCCGCUGCCGGCAGCCGGGGCAUCGAUUUGAAGCCGACGCUGAUGGCUAUGUGCGCCAACGUCUUUACCCACUACAUGUGCAGCUCCCGGUUCAACUACGACGACCCCGCCUUCACCAAAAUCGUCCGUCUCUUCGAUCAGAUCUUCUGGGACAUCAACCAGGGCUAUGCUGUCGAUUUCCUACCUUGGCUCUUGCCCGCUUACCGCCGCCAUAUGCAGCAACUGACAUCGUGGGGAACCGAUAUCCGCCAGUUCAUCGUCAAGACCAUCAUCGACGAGCACAGGUCGACCAUCGACGUCAACAAUCCUCGCGAUUUCACCGACGUCCUGCUCAGCCAGCUGGACGGCGAGAAGAACAACGAACAGGCCGCUCACGAGGACGGAGAACAGCACAACAACAACACGCAACAGCUGGACUGGAACCACGUCCUCUACGAGCUGGAGGACUUCCUUGGCGGCCACUCGGCCAUUGGCAAUCUGCUGAUGAGGGCCGUCGGUGAGCUCUGCUCCAGCCCUCACGUUAUGGCUAAUGUCCAGGAGGAGAUACGCAGAGUCACGGGUGAUAAUGCUCGUCCAGUCGUCCUGGAAGACCGGCCAAACAUGCCCUACACCGAAGCGACGAUUCUCGAAACUCUGCGAUUGUCUUCGUCCCCCAUCGUUCCACACGUCGCCAUGCAGGACACGUCAGUUGCUGGUUACGAUGUCAAGGAAGGGACCAUGGUCUUUUUGAACAAUUACGAGUUGAACAUCAGCCCAGACUAUUGGGGCGAUCAGACUUUGACUUUCGAUCCGUCGCGAUUCGUCCGCCAAGGGAAAAUCGUCAAACCAGAGUACUUUAUCCCGUUCAGCACGGGCAAGCGGGCUUGCAUGGGCUACCGGCUCGUCCAGCACGUCAGCUUCGUGGCUUUGGCCACGCUGUUGCAGAACUUUGACGUCUCGGCCUCUGAAGAUCCGAUCCAUCUACCGAAGGCGUGCGUGGCCGUCCCGCCGGAUGCCUUUCGCGUCGUCCUAACACCCCGGCCAUCCGCACCGACGCCUUACUGAAGCAAAUUUAAAAAAAAAAGAGACAUUUGAAUAGAAAAAAAAAAUGUUGAAAUGACACGUCGACCCUCAGGCAAAAAAGAACAUCUCGACGACGAGACCACACAUCAGCGUAACCCAAACCAAAAAUAUUUGAACGACGAGAAAGAGAAAAAAAAAAAACCUGCAAACAAAACAAAGGGCGGAUGGAACCUGUCCCUUUUCGUUUUUUAAAUUUGCUUAAGAAUUAGAAAAGAAAAAAAAGUAUUUUAUUUUGUUUAAAAAAAGAAAAGAAAAAAAUGUUUCAUUCUCAUCUCUUCCAUCUCUCCCCCCCCCCAAAGAAAUCUCUCCAUUCCUGCAUCGACCCCACCCAGCAUCGUCAGCGAUCUCAACGAUGGAAAACAAAAAAAAAAAAAAAAAAUUUUAAUAAAUAAAAAAAAAAAAAUUAAUAUUAUUAAUUAAAGAAUUGUUGGGAUGGAGGGAGGGAAAGGGUUUCAAAAA